UGUCGGUGACUUCAGCUUCAUAGGAAACAGUUAUUUUCUUUACACUAAGAAUGUACAGAAUUGUAUGAUUAGAGAGGCAAACCUAACGGCUGUUUCAUAGCCUUUGAAAACACGAAUUUUUGAUGUCUCGCCGGUGAUAGCUACGAUUUUUCCAACAUGGCAGCGAACCAUGCUCGGGCGCUCGAUGAAAGAUGACCAUAGAGAAAAAACGAUACAACCCUCGGUGCUUCUUUGAUGUGCAGAUCGGGGACGAGUCUGCGGGAAGGAUUGUUUUUGAACUGUUUGCAGACGUCUGCCCUAUCACAUGUGAGAACUUCCGGGCCCUUUGCACAGGAGAAUGUGGCAUAGGCAAGACAACGGGCAAGCCACUCCACUACAAAGGUGCAAAGUUUCACCGUGUCAUUCGCAGCUUUAUGAUCCAGGGGGGAGACUUCUCUGUUGGUAAUGGAAGCGGUGGGGAAUCCAUCUAUGGUGGGACUUUCAAAGAUGAGAGCUUUGAGCUCAAGCAUGAUCAGCCAUACCUGCUGUCCAUGGCCAACCGGGGCAAGGACACUAAUGGAUCGCAGUUCUUCGUAACAACACAGCCAACACCUCAUCUUGAUGGGGUGCACGUGGUUUUUGGGCACGUGAUCAAGGGUGAGGAUGUGGUGCAGGCCAUUGAGUCCCAGCCUGUUGAUGGCAACAGCUGCCCUGUGCAGCCAGUGAUCAUCGCCAACUGCGGCGAGCUCGUGCUAAAGCGCAAGCACAAAGACAAGAAGCACAAGCGAUCAGCAUCCAAUGCACCCAGUACUGGAGCAGAGGAAGGCUCCUCAGCAGAGAAGACCUCGGAACACAAACACCGCAAGCACCACAAGCACCACUCCAAAAAGUCCCGCAAGGACAAAUCACGCAAACGGGACGCCAGCGGGGACAAGCAGGCAGACAAGGUGGACGACGACGCUGAGCAGUCCUUUGUCAAGCCUGAGGAGAUACCUGAGGUCCCUGCAAACAACUUUUUGAUGCGGCGUGUACCUGAUGAGCCGGCACCUAACUACAUGCAGCAAGGCCGUAGAAUGGGGAGCUUCUACAGCCGUCGUCCUCAGGUCUCCCGCUCAGGCCGCAAGAUCAAAGGCCGUGGCUUCAUGCGCUAUCGGACACCAUCACCUGAAGGCAGUCGUUCUGGAAGCGAGACACCACCUCAUUGGAGGCAGGCACAAGCACGGAUGCGGCCCCUCCGUGACUACCUUGAGCUACAGGAUGGCGAGGAAGAGGUUGGCCGAGAAGAACAGUUACCUGAGGAGGGAGAGCUCACCAAUCAUACGGAGCAGGCCUCGAAAGAAAAGGAAAAAGAAAAUAGGUCACGGCGUAGCCCAAGUCCCUCAGAUAAGCGGCGCGAGCGACGUGAUCGGAAUGUUGACCGCAAUCACGACAGAAACCAAGACAGAAACCAAGACAGAAAUCAAGACAGAAAUCAAGACAGAAAUCAAGACAGAAAUCAAGACAGAAAUCGUGACCGCUACAGAGACAGGCGAGAACGCCGCGAUCGGGACACAAGCCGUCGGUCACCACACCGAAACACCCAGGACGAAAACCAGCCACUGCCUGGUGGGGACGAGCAGCCACGGCGGCGGCAGCGUAAGUUUGAGGAAGAUCCACGGUCCAAGAAGACUUCGAGGGAGGAGCGAUCACCAAGAAGACGUUCCCGUUCACCUAGAGAGCGGCAGACACGGCAGCGGCCCAAUGAAGACAAGAGUGGUGGAAAGCCAUCAGGGUCUAGGCAACACGAUGUCCUGACAACAUCCAACAAGGAGAGGAGCCGUGAAAACAAGGCAAAGUCUCCUCAGAGCAGUAAAGACAAGCAACAAAGGUCGCACCUCUCGCAUUCUACGCAGAGCUCUAGACCUACAAGACCUCACGUGUCAUCUUCUUUGAAGCCAGCCUCAAAGGGAUCAACAGAGACAAACCAUCGUGCUGAGAAAUCGGGUGGCGGUGCAGCAGCAUCUGCCACUACGGGCCGGCACACAGCGCUUCGGUCAUCUUCUGAGAAGGGAGCAGCCUCAUCCUCUUCAGCGCAGCAGGGGUCUACGGUGAUGUCACGCCCUUCGCGCAAGUUUGAAGAGAAUCCACCACCAACUCGAGGUUCCACAGAAGCAGCAGUCGAAGAGGUGGCCUCUGCAGUUCUUCGCUCUAGGCUUCCACUGGCACAGCUGCUCGAUCCGACAGAACCACUUCCACCAGGUGUGGAGCCAGAUGAGAUAUCAUCUGGCCUGAACACUGCCAGCUCCUUGCCCCUGUCACAAGUCAAGUGGAGCAGUGGGGGUUCUUCCAGUACAUCUGGUGUGACGCCAGUGCCACCAUCCACCACCAGCCGAUGGCAGAGUGCUCCCUCCACAUCAAAGCCCACUGAAUUGAAGCAGUUAGACCGUUCAUCCCAAUCUACAUCACAGUCAUCAUCGGCAUCGAAACCAUCCGCAUCCACUAAAGAGCCAGAGAAAGCAGGACUGGCAGACAAGGGACCAUCGGUAGCCAAGUCAUCCUCAGCGACUACCAAGCCUGGGCGCACAAGCCAGGCCAAAGAAGGUGCAAGUAAGGCCGAACAACCAGCGAACAAGCCAGCAGUCACAGCCACGAAGGGGGCGGCAGCAUCAACCAGCAGUUCCCGAUCUACUGCCAAGACAGCGAGGGAGACAUUACGGCGAGAAAAGGACGACUCGCCAUCAUCGCGUUCUCGCUCACGAAGCCGCAAGCGAGGUCGGAACCGAUCAUUGUCACAGCGUCGGCGCCGACGGUCGUCGUCUUCAUCGUCGACAUCGUCUUCAUCAUCCGACGGUGGUGGCAGUGGUAGCAGGCGGCGAACCAGGGGCGGCCGGAGUCGACGGCGCAGCAAGAGUGCCUCAACGUCAGACGGUUCACGUGGUGGGGGAAGCUCCCGCAGGGGCCGGAGGCGCCGAAGGCGAUCGUCCAGCUCCAGUUCAAGGUCGUCAAGUUCAAGUUCAAGUUCCAGCAGCGACGGCCAUGGCAGUAAUCGCCGAGGGCACCGGAAGAGGUCACCAGGUCGUCGCAAGAGCAGGCGCCAUAGAUCGAGCUCCAGUGGGUCAAGCAGCAGCGACUGAAGCUUUAUUAUUGCAGUUGAUAUCAUAGGGUGAGAAGAAAAACAUGUGCUGUAAGAGACCUCUUCCUAAUGCAGCAAGCUGGCUUUCUUGCAUGCCACUUUUCACUGGCGUUGCUUUACCGUUCGUGCCCAAGGCAGCCUUGUGGGGUUGGUGAUGUACAGCUCCGUUUUGUGCAAGCCCUGUGAAGCCAAAAUGAGGAGCAGCUGGUGCGCAGUGAAGAUUGUAGCUUGCAUAUUUCAAAAAUGGUUCCUGGCUGUCGGACAGUGCCAUGGCCUCAGAGAAAAACUUGGGAAGAUGGCACAUAGUCUGUUUCUCCAUUCUGCCCUUGACUUUGUGAUAUGGCAACCUGCAGUAAGGAAGUCAUUCAUUUUUCAGUUAAUGAAAAAUGAUUGCUCAUUGCACUGUUCUGUUAUUUUCUGGUUUCCUUUUGUCUUGAUUUCUUCUUUGUGGCAUAUCAUCAGUUUGCGUAAGCAAGCGCCCAUUCCUGGCCUGCCACAACCGUAAGAUAUGCGUCAUGUUACUCGAGCAAGCAUGAAUUGUCUAAUUUUUUGGAGUAUUUAGGAAAUGCUUAGCCACCAUCUAGGCGAAUGUCAGCCUGCGUGUGAAUUCCUGUAAUUGGAUUCACCUAAGGGUGAUCGAUUUCAGCUUGUCCAUAUGCAUAGCGAUUACUUGGCUGUUCAUCAGGGCGCACCUUUGGGACACUGCCAUAGUCGGUCACCUGUUAUUUCCAUCCCGACGUGGUGGCAGAUGACCAAAAACGAAGCUGUGGAGAGUCGCGAGUGUCUAUUCCUGCAUUUGAAGUAGAGAACAGCAGAUCGUCCCAGGAAUGGCAUCCUGUGAGCCUGCUCAUCUGCUGGACUUAGGGCUUCAUAUGGUUCUAAGUGAAUGCGAGGUCACUUUCUAAGACUUGUAUUUAAGAAAGACCGUGUAGAUUCCACAAAAGCAAUGCGAUCCAUCCAUGUGCUGCGUUGAUGUUGGAUAGGAGGACAUGUCCACGGAAUAAAACCUUUUAUAUCAAGGAUUCUUAUUUGAAUCCGGCCCUAUGGGGCUGAAUGGUGUGCAAGCGAGAAAGCAUCAUUUACAUAAGAAAUUUUGAUCUCGUAUGACAACAGUCAGGUGCAGAUGUUCUUAAUAGCCCCUACAAGCUACUUAUAAAUUGUCAUUGAGCAGUGGUAGGAAAACUCUUAAGCAAGCACAGUCAGUGAACUUCAUAAAGAAAAAAAUGAAUUGUAAAUGUUACCAGGUUAGGAUCAGCAAGGAACUGCUUGGUUAAAAAAAAAAAAAACUUUUCAUUUGUCAUUUAGUCAUUGCAUGCAUUGGCGUGGGUACCACUGGCAACAUUCAUGAUAAUUUGUUUGAGCGGUGUGUGCCAUGCUAUAUUCUGUAGGCUUGGGAGAAGAAGUAUGGAUAUGUCAUUUAGUGCCUCCUUGCAAGUUCGGUUGGUUUGUAGUCGGUAGCUUGGACCUCGGCUGUAGGCAUUCGUUCACUUUAGCAGUAAGCUUCUUUAUUUUGUUUUAUAAUAUUGAGGACCAGAAGCCCCUGUGCUCACACUGCUAUAACAUUGCACAAUACCCUUGUCCGAGCUUACUGUAUAAAGAUUUUGUUGCUUGUGAUAGCGGACAUCAUAAAAAGCAGUAUUGGUUGCAUUCUUGUCAUGGCUGCCUUUCCUAAAUUUAUACUGUGGCUCUGGAACUUUUUUUUUUUUUACAGUGGAAACUAUUAUUGUAAUGCAGACCUAGUAAAAACCUAUUAUGAAGGCUUCAUAGUGUUGCAGGAAAGCUGCAUUUAAUGAAUAAGGUCUUGACGCUGAAACUGUCAUCUGCUACCGAGCAUUGUCUUUUCACAAAGUUGUGCUAACACCAUUUUAAAUAUCUGGCUCUUGGCUGGGUGUUUUUCUCUUUGCAAUUGAACACCUUCUGACCUUGCAAUCUUAUGCGUCAAAGUGAAUGUUGCUUUGAAGCAUUUAUUUCUUGCAGGUAUGCUGUGAAAAGUGGUAACACAGGUGCAAAAAAUUGACUCAAGUACCUACAGAAUGAGAGCGGUUGACUACCUCCGACCUAGCCAUGUUUUCAAAGGGACAAACAACACUGAAAUUUGCCAGCAUUGGAAAUUAGAAAUUGCAGAUGUUUGCCUGGUUCCUUACCUUCUCUGCUACUCUGGAUAAAGUGUGAAAGAGAAUACAACACACAUAAGAAGGCACACAGUGCACCAACAACUGUCUGCACGAUCUUGUAAAUCCCUGCUUAAGCCAAAAGCAUGGUGGUGAAUUGCCCAGAAUAGGCCACCUCCUCUAUAACUCUGAAGCACUACCCAAGUCUUGAAAGGACUGAUAUUCUGGACAUAACUUCUCUGUUGACUGAAUGGCCAGAUGUGACUGCAGCCUGCAGGGCCCCGAAAUGUUGUCAUAGGUGUACUGUGUUCUGCCAUGCUGGCACAACAAUUUUUGGCAGUGUUUGUGGGUUUCCUAACUACAUUUACAACCACCAUAGAUUUUUUUUCCUUUUUUUGUAGCAGUGCAAUUUCUGGGCAGUUUUGCUUUCUAUAAAGCUAUUUACCUAGAAACAGCAGUAUGCAAAGGUGCAGGGGGCACAGAUAAGUCAGUCUAGUGAUAGACACGCAGGUGAUAGCACUGGAUCUGUGGUUACAGGCCACAGUGGCAGAUUGCUCCUUGGUAUUCCGCAGUGACAACCGCACAUUUGCAUGCUUGUGUAGUAAAAUGGUGUGUUUCCCUUUUUUUUUAUGCGAUGGGGUAUGCAAAGUGGGAUAAACUCAAACAAUGCUGCUUUUGUGGCAGAGUCUUGAAACAGUUAAAACUGACAUUGACUUAUACAACCCGCCUCCUCCUCUUCCUUUCACAGCCAGACCAUGUGCGCUUGUGACACUCAAUGUGUCUCGUGUGUCUAUCUUUGUCGUGUGCUUUUGUCAUAUUUGCACGCACUGUACAAUAUUUCAUGACAUUUGUUUCGUGGAAUUCACAAUGUCAAUAAAAGGAGUUCACAUUUU